GCAAUGGCGGACCGAACGUACGGGAUGGAGUCCGCUGUGCCUGCAAAACGACCUAGACUGGACUUCCCAGAGGAUACUUCAUCCCAACAAUAUGACAGUGACUUCCAUUGUUUUGCAGGAACAUCGGAGCUACUUACAGGGGGCUACAGUAAUGGUGCAGAGUUCACGAUCACUUCAGAUUCUGGAUUCAAUGAACUUACACCACCACAAAGCUUGGAGGAUGACAUAACAACUCCAAGAACAAGCUCCAGUCAAGAUGAAAACAUUGGUAGAAUCGAAAACCACUUAAGUAAUGAUAAUACCAAUGACAGCUCAAUCAUCGACUGUUCAGAAAAUUGGCCCAAUGGAACAGCAACUAGUCAGGAGGAGGACGAGGAUGAAGAAGACAGACAGUCCGUGGCAUCAACAACGUCUAACCUCAGUGGACUGUCGGACUUUUCUAAUUUCUCUGGAAAGGAUUGGAAACCUUGUGCUGGUCCAAUGUCUUGGGUCCAACAACAAAUGUUGCGCGGGGUUAACCCACGUACCAUCCUUACCCACGUCCUCGGAGCCACAACUGCGAUUCCCGAGGGAGUUCCUGAUGUGACACUUUGGCGCCUGAUUGUGAACAUGUUAUCAGAGCCACCUCGAAGAGAAAAAUUACGUCAUAUCAAUACAAUCGAAGACGUAGUGAGAUUAAUGAAGUCCUGUCGGAAGAUCAUCGUCCUGACUGGUGCAGGGGUGUCAGUUUCCUGUGGCAUCCCGGACUUUAGGAGUAGAGAUGGAAUUUACGCCCGGCUUGCCAUUGACUUCCCUGAUUUACCAGAUCCACAAGCAAUGUUUGAUAUACACUACUUCAGACGAGACCCCCGCCCAUUCUUCAAAUUUGCCCGGGAGAUUUACCCUGGACAGUUUACUCCGUCUCUCUGUCACAGAUUUAUUCGUCUAAUAGAACAACACAACAAAUUAUUACGGAAUUACACCCAGAACAUCGAUACACUAGAACAAGUAGCAGGGAUAGAGAAUGUCAUUCAAUGUCACGGUUCAUUUGCCACAGCUACUUGUCAGAGAUGCAACCACAGGGUCAAUGCCCAAGGCAUAAAAGAAGAUAUUUUCUCUCAGAGGAUUCCCCGGUGUACUCAGUGUGAUACAAAUGAGGAAAACGGACAUGAAGACUUAAUGGUAAAGGAAGAAAUCCCGAAUGUAAGCCAAGAUGAACCUGUAAAUACACAACAGGAUACAACAUCCAGCAUACACUUAAUGCCUCACAGACCGCCAGAUUCACCACAGUUUCCACCCCAACCAAUUAUGAAGCCAGAUAUUGUGUUCUUUGGUGAGGGUUUACCUGAUGAGUUUCAUGAUAAAAUGGCAGAAGAUAAAGAUGAAUGUGACUUACUAAUUGUCAUAGGAUCCUCCUUAAAAGUUCGCCCAGUGGCUUUGAUUCCUAGUUCAGUUCCUUCACAUGUGCCUCAGAUUCUGAUCAACCGUGAACCUCUACGGCAUCUCACCUUUGAUGUUGAACUUCUAGGAGACUGUGAUGUGAUAAUAAAUGAACUUUGUCACAGAUUAGGAAAUGGAUGGAAAAAAUUAUGUGCAGAUGAAAGUAUGACUGAAAUCAAAGAAUUACCACCCAGACCACUUGAGCCACCCAGUAUAAAUAUCAGUAGUGCUGAUGGAGAGGAUACCAAUGCUUUUCCAGGAACUGCAUUAGUAGCUCCUCAGAAUGCUCCACAUCCUCGGGAUGAAAGUGAUAUUGAAGCACUCAGAGCUUGCUGGGCCCCAAAAGUUCGUGAGACGGUUGCUUCAAGAUUACCAGAUAAUAUGUUCCUGUACACUGGUGGUCAUAAGUAUAUUUUUCCUGGAGCUGAAGUGUAUUAUGAUCCAGAUGAUGAAUUUGAGGAGACCAAAUCUCACAGUUCAGAAUCUGAUACUGAUGAAAUAGAACCAAGAGAGGAAAGUCAAGAAUCCUUUCACAGUAACCACACUAAUGGUUCCUCUAGCCACCAUCCUAGAUUAGAUGAAGAAUUUCAUUCUACAGAAACACCUCACCUGUCACCAGAAGAUGUCGAUAGUCUCCUCUCAACUGCAGAUAAUGGUCAAAGCCAAGAACAUGUUGAGGAUUGGACUAGCCUUAAUGCAAGCUUAGAUACUUCUCUAGAUUGUGAUCACACUCUGACAGGCUAUGAAACAGACAGUGCUCACCACACAGAAGAAAGUGCAUCAAAAAUAAUUGAAACCAUAACUAGAUGUUCUCCUUCAUCUGACCUAUGACCUUACUUCAGGAGAGAAAUAAGACUUUAAAUCUUUUGAAUAAGUCUUUUUUCUUCUUCUUCUUCUUAAAAAACGUUUAUAAAAGCUGAUAAAGAAAUCUGAAAAAGACUUAACAACCAGUGUAAAAAGAGUGGUUGGUUGACUGUUGUACAAUUUCCAUUCGGACAAAUUGAAGUCAGUCAUUUUUAUCCAUAACACUAGCUAAAUAAAUAGCAGCUUUAAUUGAAAAAUUGUGUGUGAUUGACUCAUUAUUUAAAACCGUCCCUUUGUUCAUGUUAAUCUCCAUUUCUACUGCAUAUUUUGAAGUAAUAGCCAGAUAUAAAGUUAGGUACCAAAUAAAUACCAACACAAUGUGCAAUUGUUAUUCUGAAAACUGUUGGACCUUCUGUUUGGACACAUGGCUUGAAGCUGAUGGUUGUUUGCUGGAAGGUCUCAAUUAUUUAAAAAAAAUAGAGGUUAUAAUUUGUUAAGUUAGAUGUACAUUAAUAUAUAUCUUUGUACGGAAUGUUGACUUUUUACACCUCUUCGUCUAAAAUGCCCCUGGAAGUGUGAAAUCAGGUAUAAGAUUCAACUGGGUAUCAACUUGUCAUUCUUGCAGUUAUAUUUAAUGCUGGUCAUGGUCUUUGCUUUAGUAUUUUCGAAAUUAAAUAAAUUGAGACCUUCUAGUAACUUUACACAUAGCUUGGACUUUAACAGGUCAUGUACUAGGUAAUCCAUGAAGGUUAUUAGACUGAAAUUUUAGUCAAGUUUGCUUUUGUUCCUUUGUCAUUCAGAUUAAAUCUUCAUUGCUAUGAAGCUCAUUGUAUUGGGUAGUGCCAAGCAUUGACAUUUAUUCUUAUAAUCAGGUGAUUGGUUGAACUCAGUGAAUAUAUUCAAGAUUGAACUUAUUGACUCAUAUAACACCACAACUUAAAUUUACUACUGUGAUAAGAGCCACAUGGAUUAUCAGCAUGAUCCUGCAAAAAGGAUUAUUGCCAGUAUGAAAAAAUUGCCCACCAAAUAGGAUUUGUUCUGUUUUAGGUUCAGGGGUUUGAACAGGCAAACUCUAAGUUGGUGGGCAUCAACAGGGUUGUCUGAGUUAUCCUCAGUCAUUGUUCUUGCUUCAUGUCUCCUUCAGCUUACUGUUUAACUAUCUAUGUACUUCCUGUCUUAGGCGUAAGGUUGAAGCCAUGGCAUUUAUAGCUAAAAAUUUCUAUCUUCAUCACAAUACCAAAAAGAUUAGAGUUUACAAAAGGUAAUGAUAACUCUAUUCAAGGUAUAUGUUUUAUUUAAUGUCAACAUCCUUUAGGGUGAUUUUUAAAUAAAUAUGGUGUGGAUAUGAAACUCAUACACUUUGAAUACAUAUAUUUUCAUCUAAUGCUUGUGCCUAGGCUGAUGAUUUUUUUUAGUUGUCUUGGGUGCUUUAUUGGAAAGGUUUGAGGUACUUCCCAUUGUAUGAGUUUUCUCAAUUGAGGCUGGCUUGGACCUCCCUGUUUAUACAGAACCGGUUGAAUUUUCAUAGUUUUUCAUUUCCGUUUAUGUUCACAUUUUUGGAGAGAAUUUUCAUUAGGUCCUACCUCAUUUUUUGUGUAGCCAUUUUAUAAGGAGCAAUGCUUUGACAUUGAUUAUUCUUUUUUUAUGAAUCCUUUGCAGGCAUGAGGAUCCUACUCACUCAACACAAGUCCUGCACAAUACCCGGCAAUGUCAAAAAUCGUCUUGUUUUGGUAUAAUGGUCCUUCAGUGACUGCCAUUAACAAAUGAUUUAAUUUGCAUUUAUAAUUCCGUCAUGUCAAACGGUCUUUCAUUACAACUGAAUAGUCUGCAAAAGGUACUGAAUGUUUUCAUUUUAUUAUUAAAAGUCCAUACAUACCCAGCCUGCAACUGCAUAUAACAGCCUUAACCAUUGUCCUUUUUUUAAUGACACGUCGAAAUAUGACGGUCCACCUGGGGUCUCGUACAAAUAUUUUAGUUAUACUGUAAUACAUUACACUUGUGUGAUUCUGCACCUCUGAUUAUCCUGUUAUGCAUUUAUUCAGCUUCAGAGUGUUGUAAAGUUAUAUCAGAUUUAAUAGUUACUGUUUACAGUAUGCAGCAGGGCCAAAUUAAUCUAUCAUUAUUUUCUAAAUUUAGAACAGGGUAAAUUCAGUAAAAAUAUUUAACAUUCUAUAUUUAAUUUUUGUUAAUAGCAACAAAUUUUCAACCAUUCUUCUAAUGUUAUGGCAAUCAAAUGGGUGAGCAAAUCUGGAGGCUUAUUGUCCUACAUUGGCAAUGACCACCUGUAUGUAUGGUUUACAUCUUGACUUGUGUUGCUCUGCACUUGGUUGCCAAUUAUCUGUAAUUGAAAAUCCACAAAGUUGUAGGCUUAUUGUUCCCAUCUUUUGAAAGUUGGUUAAUGUAGAUACUUCUUCGUUACUUCACUUCUUGUUGCUGUGGAAGAGGGCGCGACCUCUUAAUGGGCAUUAAAUUUAAUUUUAGGCAAGCCAUAGCUUCACUGUUCUGUUAUUAAAAGAAGUAUGUAUUGUACUUCAAAUAGUAUGUUCAAUGUUUGGAAGUUGAGUUAACUACCUUCAUCCCCCCCCCACCAAAAGGAAAUUCCUUUCUGAGAGUAAUUCAAACCAGGAUGGUAAUUAGCAUGUGCAGCUUCACCCAUAUUUUUUAUAUGUCAGUUCCCUGAGACUUAUCUCAUACUUUGUAUCUUGGAUUGUCAGCCAAUUUUAUCCUAAUGUCUCACUGCCAUAUCAAAAACAAAAAAAAAUUAUCUUAGUAAUUUAAUGAUAGUGUUAAAAACUCAGUGCAUAUAGCUAUAACAUUAAAUUAAUGUUAUUAAACAAUUUAUUCUAUUUUUGGAAUGAGCUGUAUCAAUCAUUUCUGAUAUUUUAUCAACAAUUGCAAAGUUUUAUCCCAUUCAUAUACUCAGCAACAUUUGCAGAUUAUUCAUUAAAAUCUACAUGUUCUCUAUCAUCUGCUAGGUGCCUCAUGUGCACCAUAAUAGGAUCUCAGUCAGGCUACAAACUAUAUGAGGACGAUGAAGAUAGAAACUUGUUAUAUAAAGAGAAUCAGGGGUAAAGUUCAUAGUUUUUUGUACUUUGAAUGUUCUCCCACCAAUGUUCUUGGUGUCUAUUUUGAUUCUAGACAAGGCGACUUAUUUUCAUCGAUCCUCAUAUUACCUAUCUGUACAUUUUGUAAAGUGUCGCUGUUUAGCAUCAAGGGUCCAAUGGCAUAACAUAACCAUAUUGUUGCUGUUACACAUUAAGACUUGCCGAAGGUACAACUGCAGCUUUUUCAUGUGGCCUAAAAUGCAAAUGUUCUCUUUUGUCUAAGCUAAGAACAGCAAUAAAGUAUUCCUUUUUUUUGUA